GGCGGAGCCGAGCGGAGCGCCGCGGCCGCCGCCUCCCCCUCCCCGCGUUCGGCCGCGGCCCUCCCGUCGCCCGGGGCAGCGCCAGUCCCGCUGGCCGCCGCCGUGGCGUGGGACGGGCUGCGCGGCGCGGAGCCCCCUGGGGCGCGGGCGGGCAGCGCGGAGCCGUUAGCGCUCGGACUGCGCGGCCUCAUCGCCGCCGCUGAGCGGCCGCAGUGACAAGACAUCUGGGUCUCUGCAGUCUCUCUCGCAGUCUUCUUGUGUUGUUCUGGCCUGUCCACAUUGUUUCUGUAGCUUGCAUGGCUCUGGAUGGCUGGUGAAGAGGGAUGUUCAGUCUAAUGGCCAAUUGCUGCAGCUGGUUAAAACGGUGGCAGGAACCUGUGAGGAAGGUGACACUAAUAAUGGUGGGUCUUGAUAAUGCUGGUAAAACUGCUACAGUCCGAGGAAUUCAAGGAGAGUCUCCUGAAGAUGUGGCUCCAACAGUUGGGUUUUCCAAGAUUGACCUUAAACAGGGACGCUUUGAAGUCACCAUCUUUGAUUUAGGAGGUGGAAAACGAAUUCGAAAUAUCUGGAGAAAUUACUAUGCUGAGUCCUACGGUGUAAUAUUUGUUGUGGAUUCCAGUGACAUUGCAAGAAUGGAAGAAACAAAGCAAGCCAUGAUAGAAGUUUUAAACAGUCCUAAGAUAUCAGGAAAACCCGUGUUAGUGCUGGCAAAUAAGCAGGACAGAGAAGGAGCUCUGUCAGAAGCAGAUGUAAUCGAGUCCUUAUCUCUGGAAAAGCUUGUCAAUGAACACAAGUGUCUAUGUCAAAUUGAACCUUGCUCAGCUAUCAUGGGCUGUGGGAAAAAAAUUGAUAAAUCAAUAAAAAAGGGUUUAUACUGGCUUCUACAUAUUAUAGCAAAAGAUUUUGAUGCCUUAAAUGAGCGCAUCCAAAGAGACACUACAGAACAAAAAGCAUACGAAGAACAAAAGAAACUAGAACGAGCUGAGCGAGUGAGAAGGAUACGAGAAGAAAGAGAAAGAGAAGAAGGAAGAAGUGUACCUGAUGAAGAAGACCCGGAGCCUGGGAACUCUGAAAACCCCUUCCAACCUAUAUCUGCUGUAAUCUCUGAGAAUGAAAAACAAAUUGAAAAGGAAAAGAAGCGGCAAAGGUUGGAGACUGAAAAGGCUACGAUUGUCCCUAAAUCGCAAACAGAACAGGAACAAACGGAUGCCCAGCACUUAUCAAGUAGCAGUAGCCAAAACACAAAUGAUAGUAGACUAGAAACAUGCAAUUCUACAACUACACAGCUUUUGCUGCAUGAAGAAGAGAAUGAACAGCAAGUCACAGAAUGCCUUGACUCAGAUAACAGUAAGAAAAAAAAUAAAAAACCAAAAUUAAAAAGGGGCCACAGAGUAGAACCUGUUAAUGCAGAGGACACUGUUACCAAAAAUCCUACACCACCACCAGCUCUUCCACCAGUUGGCUGGGGAACUCCCAAACUUAAUAGACUUCGAAAACUUGAGCCUCUUGGUGAAACACAUCAUGCUGGCAUAUAGAGAGAAGGCGGCAAGAAAGAAAAGCCAGAUGAAGAGAUUUCUACGGAAAGCCUCUGCCCCCGCUGACUAUACGCCAAAGACCCAACAGUGAUACCCAUGAUGUCAUUGCUUAACUGGAACACAAAUAACAUUUAAAAAACAAAAUCAAAAAAUUAUAUCAGAAACAUUUUUUGCCCUUGAAGAAAAAUUUCUAAAAUGACCCUCUAUCAGCUUGUUGCGAAAUAACUUGGUGACAAUUAAACAUGGAGUUCAUUCUAUUGUACUUAGUUGAUCAGACUUUAUCAUCUACUUUUCACAUCACCAGCUCUUCUUCAGGAUUUAGCAUGAAAUCGAGGAAGGUCUAUGUGUCCAUGGAUGCUCAUGUGAACAUGGUAUUGAGUAUUUAUUGGAUUUACUUGUGAAAAUACAUAGCUGUAAACCUGAAGAAAAAUACCUUCAAGAUCACAUAAUACCGGAUUGUACAUUCUCACCAAGACCUUUCUCCACAUACUGUGCAGUGGUUGGUAUUUUUGCAGCUAAUAAGUGAUUCUAAUGCAUUUUUUAAGAUUCAUGUAUGAUAGGGUGACUAUAGGAAGGUUAUGCAACAAAUAUUGAGUAUAUUUUUCUAACUUUUUAUAAAAUUAUUUGAAUGUUUGAGUGGACACGCAUACCUACUACCAAUAAAAUACCUAAAAAGUAUUAGAAAGCUGAUAGUCAAAUACAUACAAAUAGAGUAUGUUUGACUUACAUUUCUCUUACAGUAGCAAUAUCUCUUACUAGGGAUUACAUUACCAGAUGCAUAUUUCAUAUUUCUGACAACCCAAAGGGGGGGGGGUGUAGAAAGGAAAGUUAAAGACAUUUUAUACAAAAUUAAUUAUAUUUGAUUGUCUGAAUGUUUUCUUACGUGUUGUUUUCUUUGUUUUGUUAACUGAGUUCGGCAUAGGUAAUAAAUGCAGUUGAAAAAGUA